GUGAGGAGUGAGCCAAAGGAUUAUAUAACGUGCACCUAUGGACCUCGUCAGAGCCACAGUGCAACUUUACAAAAUGCGGACUGUCAAAGUGACGCUAGAAACGAAAACAAACGGGCCACCAAAAAGUAUGUCUCCAGGGCAGACACAGGGAGAAACUGUACACAGACUCCUGUGCACGGCAGUCCUGUGAGAGGAGGGAUGGAUGCGUGCCUUUACAGAAAAGUGUGCUUGACUUUCUAGCUCGUGUCUUGACCUUAGUGAAAUGUAAAUGUAAGAAAAUUAACUUUAGAGUCGUUAAGGCGCUUUGUUUGCAGGACCGUGAACGCGGCACAGCGAUUAACAAACAGGAAUAACAUCCUUCUAAGGCGAAGACUGCGCGAGGCAGCUUCGGGUUAAAGGCGCGUGGAACACCGCCAAUACUCAGCCAACAGCGACUCACCCGACUUCGGAUAUGUUACUAUGAUGAUGUCGUCCGGCCGGAAAGAAAACUCCUCGUAGUAUUUGAGGCUCUCCGGGGGGUGCAGGUGUGAGGGACUGACGGGCAGCACACCUGGAGUCACUCCAGAGACAAUCUGCUGUCAUUGGCCAAUCCUCUCCAAGGCUCUAGCCUCCAGACUGAGAGAAGAGAUGAGUAAGGUCAUCCAUGUGUACCAGACCUACUGUGUGCCCGGCAGGUUAAUAAGUGAUAAUAUCACUCUAAUGACUAAUCGACAUGUUUUGGACAUCUCUGGCUCAUUGGGUAUUGAUGCUGGUCUUAUUUCCAUAGACCAGGAGAAGGCUUUUGACCGGGUUGAACACCAGUAUCUGUAGCAGACGCUGAGUGCUUUUGGGUUCAGCCCAGGUUUUAUAGCCAAGAUCCAGGUACGACUUGGAUGCAAGAGAUUGUCCCUCUGAUUAUGAGCGGAGGAGAUCCAGCUCCUGUUGAGACUCUUCCUAACUGGCAGCGUGUUCCAUGGCUGGAGGUGGAUCAGUGCCGCACUUUUAAACUUGAACAGAGGCCAUCGCCACGCAUGUUAGCGACACACUUCUACUACAACUUGAUGCCACCAUCCUUCUAUGAAACCAAGCCAAAGGUCAUCAAUGUCAUGAGGAACCCCAAAGAUGUGUUUACAUCUUCCUUUCACUUUUAUGGGAUGGCAUCCUUCCUGGUGAACCCGGGCCCACAGAGUGAAUUCCUCCACAAAUUUCUUGAUGGGAAAGUUAUGUUUGGCUCAUGGUUUGAUCAUGUGAAGAGCUGGCUGAAUGCUGAGGAUAAAGAGCACAUAAUGUACAUCUCCUACGAAGAGCUGAUAAUGGACCUGAAGGACUCUGUGGCCAGAAUCGCUCAGUUCUUGGAGAAACGUCUGGAUGCUGAGGUGAUGGAGAAGAUCGCAGAACGUUGUUUGUUCAAGAACAUGAAGCUGAACAGGAUGUCCAACUACUCUACAACUCCUCGUGAAUUCAUGGACCAGACAAAGUCUGAAUUUCUCAGGAAAGGAGAUGUCGGAGACUGGAAAAACCAGCUAACAGUGGCAGAAGCAGAGCACUUUGAUGCAGCUUACAAAGACAAAAUGAAAGAUGUCAAAUAUAAAUUCGUAUGGGAUUAAAAUAAACUUAAUAAAAGUCAUCUUGUGGAGGCAGAAGUGCUGGAGAUAUCUAGAAUAUUGACAUUAUUUUACAGUACAUUAUUCUAUUAGCUUUCACUCGUUUAUCUCUCUGACAGACAGCCCUAGAAACCCUUUCAUGAUGUUAAACUUAGAUUAUCCGAUUUCCUCAUGUGUCCGGUAAACACUGGAUACUUUGACUAAAAUAAGGAGUUUCUGGCCUCUGAGUAAGUGGAGUUCACCCUUUUCUGACAAUACUGAUCAUAGAUUUAGUUUGUUACGUUUGUUAAUCUGUCAUCCCAACAGUCUGGGUUUGGAACCUUUUUCCUAUCACGGGCCAUUUCAGUUUUUAUAACAAUCCUUUGAGGACCAUAUUCAGAAGUCGUAGCAGCUUUUGUUGAGUAGGAAAACGCAGUGUUUCCUCUUUCCAGUUGUGCUUGCCGCAGCUUUAAUUUCACUAAGCAGAGAGCCGAGAAGCUGCUGUUCUUUUAAUUGUUCAACACCAGCAAAAUUUGUUCAAUUUUUAAAAAAAGUGUUCUGCCAACUUGGAUCUUCUUGUUCAUCUAAUUAGGAUAAUCCUGGAAGGCUAACAAAGAAAUUCUGGUUUCAAUGUAUGUAUGUAUUUCUGCCUUCAUCAAAUAUUCUUGUUGAAUAAACAUACAAUUCUUACUCCAGUGAGGUUAAAAUGUACCUAUAUAAAUAAAUAAAGGAAAAUGUCUGUUGCUGUAAUUAUAUUUGAAAAAUGCUCAAUAAAUAGAUACUGAA